GCGGCAGGCGCGGAGCGGAGCUGCUGGAGCGGGGUGGGCCCCGCGGGACCGGGAGGGACCGGGAGGGCGGAGCAGCCCUGGCAAGGGAGGGCCCCACUGCAGCGACCCCUCCGAGACCCCGAGCUCCCUCCGAGCCGAGCCUCCCCUCCCUCCCUCCCCGCCCCGCAACGCUAUAGUUGCCAGGGUUGCUGUCAGGCCGUUCUGUCACUGACAGCAACCGCUUGAUACGAGCUUGCCGGGUCCGAGCUGGUGAAGACCCUGCUGUGAGAAGGAGAGGAGGGCUUCUGCUUGCCGAGGCAGGGAACAUGAGUUCAGCAGGGAGGAAGAGAGGGAAGCCCAACAAAGGAGGAGGAAGAGGGAGAGGAGGUGGUGGAAGAGGAGGCAGCGGAGGAGGAGGAAGUGGAAGAGGAGGACGCAGCAGUGGCCAUUCAAACAAGUCACAACUUGGUGGAAAUCGGAAAUGUUCAACUAAAAUUUGGGAUGAUGGAGAUGACUUUUGUCUCUUCGAGGAACCAAGGCUGGAAUCUAGAUCGAAUGCGUCUGCCAGAAGAGGAGGGCAAACAAAACAGAAAGCUGAAGCAAGAAUGCCUUUGCAGACCAUACACAUGACUUCGGAAAAUCAGAGAAGAGUGAAAGAACUUCUUCAAGAGCUUCAAGGGCAGGAGCUGGCUCCAGAAUCAGAAGUAGCUGGUUCUGGUGAAGACAAUGAUGAAACCGAUUACCUUGAUGAUGAACAGUGCUGGUCAACAGAUCAGGAAGUUUCUGACAUAAUACCAAAGUUGCCUGCUGAUCUACCAGUGCACAGGAUUGUGGAAAGCGAAGUGUCUUCAUUUGCCGUGCACAAACUCUCCAGGUAUGGUUUUGACAGUGAGCUUUGUAGGACAGUACUGAGAUCCUGCAAUGGUAAUAUUGGAGCAUCAUUGGAAUAUUUGCUAUUGAAGUGCUUUACUGAAAGAUAUGGAGAGAAGAUACAGAUUUCUACAACAGCUGUUGAAGCCAGUCAAAAAGAAUGUUUAGAACAGAGACAAGAAGAGGCUUUUGCCCUCCAGUCAAUCUAUGGAGAAAAAUUUGUUGAAAGAAUUCAAAACAGAGUUUGGACUUUCACUUUGGAAAUGGAGUACCUAGCAAACAGGCUCAGCAAAUCCAAACAGAAGGGUGAUUGUACUACAAACACAGCAAAGCAGACUUCAAAGGAAAUAUGUAAAUUUUAUCUCCAAGGAGGCUGCAGGUUUGGUUCAAAAUGCAGAUUCAGACAUGAAUUACCUCCAAGCCACCCACUAAAACCAGCCAAGAACUCUGUAGAUGAUGCUCAUCUCAGACUUGACAAUGAUGGUCCCGUAUAUGAACUUGAAGUAAGAUUUCCUGAAGAAAACAAGUAUCCACUCCAGGCACCUCUUGUGGCAUUUUAUUCCACUAAUGAGAAUCUACCUCUUGCCUGUCGUUUACACAUUGCUGAAUUCCUCUUUGGAAAGGCCUUGAUAGCUGCAGAGUCUAAUGAACCAGUGGUGUACACCUUAGUGACUUCCUUAGAAGAUGAAUCUGAAAUAAGCGAAUUACUUAAAAAUACUCAUCACAAGUACAGUGUUCCUCCUGUGUCCCUGCUGGCAACUCCUUCAGUAAAGCUACAGACAGAGAGUGCAUUUGGUUCAGAUCAAGUGUCCAAAGUGCUGAUGAAGUCCUAUUCCUUAGUAACAAGAACACCUAGUAUACAUUCUCUCUCUCAAGCACCAAUAGUGUCACGGCCUCAGGAAGAAGAGGAAGUGGCAGAGGAAGAGGAAGAUGAGCCUGAAGAAGCUGUUGCGGAGAACGAAAGUUAUGUGAAGCUGAAGAAAAAGCUUUCCGAAAAGUACGAUGUGCCUGCAAAGUCUCUGUAUAAUGAAAAUGUUAAAAUCUGCAUGCAGUUUCGGCUGAAAAAGUCUUCUAGGCACUUCCGAUCCAUGUUGUAUGAAAGACAGAAGCUCCCUGCAUGGCAAGAGAGAGAAACCAUUCUUGAUUUGCUUAAGAGCCACCAAGUUCUUGUUGUAAGCGGGAUGACAGGUUGUGGAAAAACCACUCAGAUUCCUCAGUUUAUUUUGGAUGAAUCAUUGCAAGGAUCUCCAAGCAGAGUGGCAAACAUCAUCUGCACACAGCCUCGCAGGAUCUCUGCCAUUUCUGUGGCUGAACGUGUAGCCAAAGAAAGAACAGAAAGGAUUGGACUCACUGUUGGAUAUCAGAUCCGUCUGGAAAGUGUAAAGUCCUCAGCUACCAGACUGUUGUACUGCACUACUGGUGUGCUGUUGAGAAGGCUGGAAGGAGACCUGACUUUGCAGGGAGUCACACAUGUUAUUGUUGAUGAAGUUCACGAAAGAACAGAAGAAAGUGACUUCUUGCUGCUGGUUUUGAAGGAUAUAAUGGUUCAGAGGCCAGACCUGCGAAUUAUACUAAUGAGUGCCACCUUGAAUGCAGACCUUUUUUCUCAAUACUUUCACUCCUGUCCAAUUAUUAACAUACCAGGUCGAACAUUUCCUGUGGAUCAGUUUUUUCUGGAAGAUGUGCUUGCAAUGACAAGGUAUGUUUUAGAAGAUAGUAGUCCCUACAGGCGCAAGACAAAGCAAGAAAACAAGCAGAAUGGAAGACAAAAACGAACAGCAUUUGAAGAAGUAGAGGAGGACCUGAGACGUGCUGGCGUUCUGGAAGGCACUGACACAGUUGUUAGAGAUUCAGACCCGGACCAAAAAUUAAGUCUAAAGCAGCUCCUUUCCCGAUAUAAAGGAGUUAACAAGACUGUGUUGAAAACAAUGUCUGUCAUGGACUUGGACAAAGUUAAUCUGGAAUUAAUCGAAGCCUUGUUGGAGUGGAUAGUUGCCGGCAGACAUUCAUACCCCCCAGGUGCUGUGUUGAUAUUUUUACCUGGUCUAGCAGAAAUCAAGAUGCUUUAUGAGCAGCUCCAGUCUAAUGCUCUUUUUAAUAACAGGCACAGCGAGAGGUGUGUUGUUUAUCCACUUCAUUCUUCACUGUCUAGCGAAGAACAGCAGUCUGUGUUCCUCAGGCCUCCUACAGGAGUUAUCAAAAUCAUCAUCUCUACAAACAUUGCAGAAACAUCUGUCACUAUUGAUGAUGUGGUCUAUGUGAUUGAUUCUGGAAAAAUGAAAGAGAAGAGAUACGACCCAAGCAAAGGAAUGGAAAGUCUAGAAGACACAUUUGUGUCCAAGGCCAACGCUCUACAAAGGAAAGGGCGAGCAGGCCGUGUAGCCUCAGGUGUCUGCUUUCAUCUUUUCAGUAGCCAUCAUUAUAACCAUUUGCUUAUAAGACAGCAGUUACCUGAAAUACAAAGAGUGCCCUUGGAGCAGCUUUGUCUGAGAAUUAAGAUUCUGGAGAUGUUUUCUGCACAAAGUCUUCACUCUGUCUUGUCACAACUAAUUGAGCCCCCUAGAACUGAAUCUUUGCGGGCAUCAAAGGUGCGACUCCAAGACUUAGGAGCAUUGACUCCAGAUGAAAAGCUCACUCCUCUGGGAUAUCACUUGGCAUCUCUGCCUGUUGAUGUCAGGAUUGGAAAGCUAAUGCUGUUUGGUACCAUUUUCCGCUGCCUGGAUCCUGCAUUAACUAUAGCAGCUAGUCUGGCCUUUAAGUCACCUUUUGUGUCACCAUGGGAUAAAAGAGAAGAAGCAAACAAAAAGAAGUUGGAAUUUGCAGUAGGAAACAGCGACUACCUGGCUCUUCUCCAGGCCUAUAAGGGAUGGUGUUUAAGUAUCAAAGAGGGCUCUCAGGCAAGCUAUAACUACUGCAGGGAGAACUUUUUGUCAGGAAGAGUUCUUCAGGAAAUUGCCAGUCUGAAACGGCAAUUCACAGAACUGCUUUCUGACAUUGGGUUUGUGAAGGAGGGAUUAAGAGCCAGGGACAUUGAGAAGAAGUGGUCCCAAGGAGGCGAUGGCGUGUUGGAUGCCACAGGAGAAGAGGCAAAUUCAAAUGCAGAGAACAUCAAGCUGAUCUCAGCUAUGUUGUGUGCUGCACUGUAUCCCAAUGUUGUCCAGGUGAAAAAGCCGGAGGGCAAAUACCAGAAGACCAGUACAGGAGCAGUCAAAAUGCAACCAAAAGCAGAAGAGCUGAAGUUUGUUACCAAAAAUGAUGGUUAUGUUCACAUUCACCCUUCAUCUGUGAAUUACCAGACAAAGCACUUUGAGAGCCCCUACCUGGUGUAUCACGAGAAGAUCAAGACCAGCCGCGUGUUCAUUCGGGACUGCAGUAUGGUGUCAGUGUACCCGCUGGUCCUCCUUGGAGGCGGGCAGGUUCACAUGCAUCUGCAGAAGGGAGAAUUUGUAAUUUCUCUUGAUGAUGGAUGGAUACGGUUUGUGGCUGCCUCUCACCAGGUGGCUGAGCUGGUGAAAAAUCUGCGCUGUGAACUAGACCAGCUGCUGCAGGAUAAAAUCAAGAAUCCUGGCAUGGAUUUAUGCGUAUGCCCCCGUGGAUCUCAGAUCAUCAGUAUGAUUGUAAAGCUUGUGACCACACAGUAACACGUGAACAGCUUUCUCUAAAGACUCAUUCCUUGCUAAUGCCUGCGAACAGACCAAGUAACAUCGCUGUCUUGAUGUAUUAUUUGUUGUCCCAAAACAUGGCACUGAUCUCUGGAAGACCACAUGGGCGACUGUAUUAUUGACAGGUUUGGGGACUUGGGUUUGUUUUGUUUUCCCUUUGUUUGCACAGAGCCCACUUUUGAAAGUAAGGUAAUUUACAGUGCACUCUGGGAAAUGGGAAAAUGUCAGCUCUCCCAGGAGGAACAGAAACCUCCAAGUAAGAAAGCAAAGUGUUUUUUCAUGAGGCUGUACACUGGUGAUACUUUUUUCUGGUCACAAAAAUAGCUGCUACCUGGCUGCUUCUGUAAUACUAAUGGCUGGAGGAAGUACGUGACAUUACAAGCUGCAUCCAAAUUGGUUUUAAACUCACUUCUGCAUUUUGGCCAAGAUAGAUAGUACUGAGGGAAUCUCAGCUGACCAGGGAUCAAUUUGCUUACAGUUCAACCCAAGGCCCCUAAAAAAAAAAAGUGAAUGCCUUUUGAUUCAUGUUAGAGGUUUCUGAAAUUGAAUUUAGCGAGCAUCCUUGGGUAAGCAAGCUGUACUGAUG